AAGAAUGUUUAUCAGAAAUGUAACUAUUCAAUAUCGGAAGGUUUUGGAAAGUGGAUGGAAAAGAAAGAAAAUGAAUUAUUCAAUACUGCACAAACUAGAAAUACAAAAGGAAAGGAAGGAUACGAUUCUCUUUGUUUAAUUCUCUUAUCCAAUUCGAAAUAUGAACAAAGUUUACAAUUUCAACAAUUUCUAUUCGAUUAUUUGAGGAAUUUGAAACAAGAACAUCAAAACAAUAAUUUACAACACAGACAAUACAUGAUUGCAACAGAACAUUCAGAAUCUUGUUUCACUAUUGGAAAGUUAAGAUUUGACGAAACCUUUUCCAAAAAUCACAUUCUUCACAAUCCAAGACAAUUGGCCAUUCACAAAAUUGGUCGUGGAGGUGGAAUUACCUUUCACUGUCCUGGUCAAUUAGUUUUGUAUCCACUUUUUGAUUUGGAGAAUAGUUCAUUUCUCCAAAAGAAUAUCAAAUGGUUUUCAGAUGAGUUUAUGCUUCGUUCUCUGUGUGUUCCAUUUCUUCAACAAUUUUCAAAUGAUUUACUGAAAGAUGUGAAGGGCCAAGUGGAGAAUAUUGAAAAGGGUGAAAGAAUUGAAUUGAAUGUUGGAGGAGAAUCAGAGAUGGGUAUUUAUAUUAGCAGUAGUAUGAAACUUUGUGAACAGUCUGAUGAGAAUAAUUCACAAGAAAAGAAGAGAAAGUUAGCAAGUAUUGGAUUGCAAUUAUCGAGAUUUGUAUCAAUGCAUGGCGUGGCAAUGAAUCUGAAUUUGAGUAGUCAAGAUUUACAAUCUUUCAGGAGUGAUAUUGUAGCUUGUGGACUUCAUCAUGUUAAAAUGACAAGUUUGGCCAAUGAAUUGAAAUUGGAAGAAAUUUCGAAUGAACAAUAUGUUCACAUGAUGGAUAUUUUGGUAGCUCAGUUGGGUAAAUGUCAUCUUAAUGUUGACCAAAUUGUACAUACCGAUUUGGAAAAUUCCAAAUCCAAGGUGGUGAAUUUCAGUGAACAAGAACCUAGCUCUGAAUUGUUGAAUUUUAUCAAUUCCAAAUUAUUUCAAAAAAAUUAAUCACUUUUUAUUUACAACUUGC